GCGGGCGGAACAAGACAAUUACAUAAGCAGCCUAGGAUGGCAAAUCCCGCGUCGUGCUAAGCUGCUUAUGGCAGAGCUGAUUUCACUCGACAAUCGCAGCAACGUCGGGUCAUUUGCAUCGCUCACCACGUCGUUCGGGGUGCAGUAGUCACUGUCCAGCAAUGCCAAAGGCCUCAGCGUCAACCUCGCGUGCAUCUGGCGACCAGCCAUUCCAGAGCGCACAUGUACUACGAAGAAACCAGGCAUGCCAUCAGUGUCGGAAACGCAAGCUGAAAUGCGAUGCGAAGCGACCAUGCUCGACAUGCGUGCGCUCACACUCUUACGCGGUAGCACACGCUCCAGCGGGUGCUGAAUUGCCACCCCAUCCUCAUUGCACAUUUGAUGAAGUCUCUGAAGCGGACACCAACGACCUGUUUGAACAUCCUAAGACCCGCUUUGAGAGAUUGGAGAACAGAAUCAAUGAACUCGAGACAUUGCUGCGGGAAAAGGACAAGACUUCAAGCUCACAGCAGUCUGGCUUUGUCCGCCCGCCGAUUGAAGUGUCCUUGAGCAGCCGCCCCAAUGAAAAUUUUAUCGCGAAUAUCAGCGACGUCUCUCCUGCCAGCCAUAUUGUCUCCAUCGAUGUCGACCCCUUUCAGGUCGAACAAUUGGUUGGUGUGGAUAAUGCUUUUGCUCUACCGCAAUUCCAAUCAGGGUCAGCUUUGGACAACCUGGCGGGUGUGGCUAGUCUUAUUGGUACGCCUUCUGCGCCAUCUCCGGCCUCACGCAUCAACACCGCGUCAGCUUCGCCAACGAUUGAUGCUAGCACAAAUCCGACGACCCCAAGCUCCGAUCAGGGACAAGACCUCUUUCACAGCGCAUGGCCGCGAAAUUUGCCGACGCCUACAUUCCUUCGACAUCUCGUGGAUGCAUUCUUCUCUUACCAUCCGGACGCCACCCGUCUGUUCCAUCAGUCGACAUUCCUGGCGUCGUUGACUUUACCUCCAACUCAUCCGAGGUUUCCGGCGGCUUCAGUGCUACACGCAAUUUGUGCUGUCGGAAGCAUGUAUACGGCUGCCUUGCCGCGUCCACACAUCCCAACUUCUCCUGAUUUCUCUCCAUAUGAUAUCUUUCCUGACAAGUACAAGCUUAGCGAAGGCGUCCCCGAUACCUUCUCAGAAAUGCAAGCCAAAUAUGCAAAAGAAGCGCUUGAAGCUGCGAUGGACGUCGGCAAGGAGUUGUUCCAGAACGUGCAAGCUCUGAUUCUGCUAUCGUGGUGGUACUGGUGCAAUGCUAAAUGGGCAGAGGCAUUCCUGAAUACCUCUCAUGCCCUUCGGUAUUCUCUGCCAUGCGGAUUGAAUGUUUGCCCUCCCUUUCAUGCGAUUGCGGAAACCUUGAGGCCACCGUCUCUCUUGGGCCCGGCGAAAACCGUGAUUGAAGACGAGAUGAGACGCAACACUUUCUGGAUUGGAUACGCAAUUGAGCGCACGCAUGGAACAGGGAACGGCUGGGCAAUGACUCUUGAUGAUCAAGAUGUGUCGCAGCUCCUACCUGUCCGCCGGGAUCAGUUCGAACAGGGGAUUCUCGUUCUUCCGGCUGAGCGGCAAUGGUCUCAUGAGAACGAUAUGCUGUUGACACACCCAGAAGACCAGAUCGAUCCGUUUAUCUUGUAUAUCAAGUCCACGAUACUUCUGUCGAAGGUCAAGAACUUCAACUUACGAUUCCGCCAGAGGUAUCAUACGCACGAUCCUUCGGCCAUGCCUACAAAGUCUGCGAAGGCCUCCCUCACUGGAGAGUCUGUAGACCCCAGGGAGACAGAAGCAUUUGUUCAGUUAGACCGACUGAUCACGUUGUUCAAGGCAUCUUUUCCUGCGCACUUGAGGAAUCCGAUAAAGGACACAGUCGAUCCUCAUCUGUUUGCGGCUUGCACUGCGGCACAAUAUGCCGAGAUACUCCUGCACGAGCCCCAUGCUGUCGUGGGACGAUCAACCUGUACCUCUUCUUGCAAGAUCUUGCAUGCGUCUCGUGCGAUACUGGAUUUGUUGUACAAUGUGUACUCGACCAGCUAUGACGUUUCUCUGUUGGGUCUUUUCCCUAUGAUGUGUUGGUUUAUGGCAGGGAGAGUGCUUGUGCGAUUCCUGCGCGUUGCCAUCGAUUGCGGCAGCGAGGAAACAUGUGCUACCCUUCGCGCUGAGGUAGAUUUCAUCAGCAUGAUUAUCUUCAGGGUGGGCGCCCAUGUCCCACUUGCUCAUCGCUACGGCAAAAUGCUGCAUGAUUUCAUUGUUCAGCUCUGUGGCGAGCAAUAUGUAGAGUCACAGCCCCUGGUUAUGCCUCAACGGGAGUACGUUGAGAACAUUCCGGCGUACAGUGCGCAACCUGCGAUGGCAGUACCUGCUUGACGUUGUGAGCAGGAUGGCGCCUCACAACAGUUCUUGUAUAUGGCAUCGGAUACCAUCUUUGCUGUAUCCAUAGUGUAUUAUAAUGCGCUUGCAGCUAUAUUAUUACUUCUAUAUUUAUGUUCCGAUUUACUUCUGUCUCAACAUCUACAAUUGAUGGACAUUCUGUUUGGCC